CCCUGACCCACCUUCAGCAUUCACCGUCAGCUUUCUUUGCAAGCUCCCUGGCACACUUCUUUUACCCUUGGUUCCUGCCACCUCUCCUGGGCACUAUUGCUAACCUUUUCCUAUUUCCAGAGCUUUAGCCCUGCCCUAUCACUCAGCCCAAGCCCACCAUGUCCUUGGGGUCACUGAAAUUCCAGGCAGCCGGUGAAGAAGAUGAGGAGGAGGGAGAGAGCCUGGAUUGUGUGAAGGCUCUGACGGCCAAGCUGCAGCUGCAGACACGGCGGCCCUCGUAUCUGGAGUGGACAGCCCGGGUCCAGAGCCAGGCCUGGCACAGGGUCCAAGCCAAACCUGGGUCAGGUGGACUUGGGGCCAUUUGUGGCUUUGACUCGAUGGAUUCUGCCCUGGAGUGGCUUCGACAGGAGCUGCAGGAGAUGCAGGCUCAAGACCGGCAGCUGGCCGCACAGCUGCUCAGGCUGCGGGCCCAGCUGCACCGGCUGAAGGUGGACCAAGCCUGUCACUUGCACCAGGAGCUGCUGGAUGAGGCCGAACUGGAACUGGAGCUGGCCCCGCCGUUGCGGCAUCUCGGCCUCACCCGAAUGAACAUCAGUGCGCGGCGCUUCACCCUCUGUUAAGUGGCAACUGCCUGCCUCCUGGGACAUUCAGUCAUUCACUUCCCCUUCCCUAGUCCUGCUGGGAAGGUGGAAGAGAGGGGUGCCGCAGAGGUGGGUGGGGUCGGGCGAGUCGGAGGAAAGGCUGGGUGGAUGGGCCAACCCUGCUUCUUUGGAAGCAUAAAGCCCCAGCACACUGUCCCUACACUGUUGCCCCAGCUUGGGGUGGGGGGAGCAAAGAGGAGCUUGAGAAGAAGGGGAGGAGCACACAGCCCCAGGCUCCUCAA